UCGGAGCUCCAAACAACGGACAAAUGUCAGCAUGAUCCAGUCCAGUGUCGCGACUGCCUCAGGAGAGAUCUCGAGGGACGCAUCAACGCAGGGGACUGGCGGUCGAUCAAAUGUCCGCAUCAGGGUUGCAACGAAGUGCUGACCCCUAGGGAUGUCGACAAGUUUGUCUCUCCAGAGAUCUUCAGGGCGUACAUCAAAGAGAAGACGUUCGAAGCUCUAUCCCAUAACCCAAAGUAUCGGGUCUGCCAUGAUAGUUCGUGCGGCAACGGGCAGAUAGUCGACGUCCGAGACUCUGAUCCUUUCUGGGCGUGCUCUCGCUGUAGGAAAUUGAGCUGCUUUCUGUGUAAGGAGAUUGGUCACCGUGGAGAGACCUGCGAACAGAGUCGCAAGCUCAAUCCUCAACGCGACCAAGUGGAAGCUGCGAGACGGAAGAAGUGUAAGCGAUGUCCAAAGAAGGACUGUCGCCGGUUCAUCCACAAGAUCAAAGGCUGCGCGCAUAUGACGUGUGUU